AGAGAGACACAGACAAAUAAGGGACACGGAGGAGGACUCUCAAUCUGUGCCUCCAAUCUGCUGCUGGAGACCGUAUCUGUUUAGGUCAGACAGCUUGAAAAAGGAUCUUUGGAAGGGGGAGUGUGUACUAGUUUGUGUGUUUCCCUUUUAGAGUAGGUGCCUGCCCUGGGCACUGAGGCCAUGAGGCCAAAGACUUUCCCGGCUGCCCCGUAUGUGGGCAACACACGCCAGAGGCUUCAGGAGAUCAAGGAGGGCCUGAAGCAGCCGGCCAAGCUGGUGAGCCAGGCUCUGCACGGAGGCAGUUCUCGAACCGAGGGCGGCAGAGGGGCCGACUGCAAGAGUGGUAAAGACACAGCCAGCCGACAGCAGCAGCUCCGGCCCCCGCAGAAAUUCAACAACUACCAGAAUGCACUGCGGGAAAUCCGCAAGUCGCUCAUGCCCUUCGCAAAUGAGUCGGGUCCAUCCUCCGGGUCAGGGCACCCAGCAGGUGCUGGGGAGGUGAAUCGGCAGAUGCUGCAGGAGCUGGUCAAUGCCGGCUGUGACCAGGAGAUGGCAGUGCGGGCACUGAAGCAGACAGGCAGCAGGAACAUUGAAGCGGCUUUAGAGUACAUCAGCAAAAUGGGUUACCUUGACCCUCGCAAUGAGCUCAUUGUCCGUGUCAUCAAGCAAACUUCACCAGGAAAAGCUGGCAUGCCAAACACGAUGGACCACCGGCCUCCCUUAGAAGCUUCAGGUGAGACAGGUGCCAUGCCUCCGUACCACCAGAUGGGGCCUCCCAUAUACGAGGGGGCAGCAGGGUACAGCCCUGAGGGUGAGAUACCCAUACCCUAUAUGAGCGCUCCGCCUGUCAUUAACUACAUGAUGCCCCCAUCUGGUGCAGCACAGAGCCCUGCUAUGGGAAACCCAAUGGGUCGACCUCCCAGUAUGGGCACCUAUCCACCAGUGAUGGCCAAUCAGGGCAACCCAGCCAACACCAUGUACCCUCCAGGGGCCCCUCAGAAGGGCUACCCUGGUAGCAUGGAGCAGCACGGGCCCAUAUUGAGCUACAACAUCCCUGGCCAGCCUCUGCAACUCCAGCCACAGCCACCAGGGGGCCCGGUCCCAGGCCCCCUCUAUGACUAUGGCCAUGCCAGGCCACACAUGAUGGAGCCUGCAGGCUAUGGAGUCAAGAGGACCCCCUCCUUCCAGAAUAAGAUGGCACCACCACCCAUUGCACCCCCAGACAACUAUGUCAAUAUGCAAGGGAACCUGCCCCCUCAUUCCCACCCCCGACAAGCUAGUCCCACCUCCCACCAGGUCCAUAUAAAGUCCCGGCCCCCAGGUGGGGUAGCACCCAUGGGCCCUGAUUUUUCAGAUCUACCCCAGGGAUUGAUGACACCAUCCAGGGCCAGCCUUAACCUGGACCUGUAUGAGCACCACUGGGCGGGGCCUCCAGGCCCUGAAGGGGCCCCUCCGGCCAGGCAACCCCAGCCUCAGGGCCCAUUCAGGGGGGAGGUGCGUGUCCCCAGUAGAACCAACUCCUUCAACAGUCGAGCUGCGGGGCCCAAUGGUGUUCGGCCUGCGAUGGCUGCACCCCCUUCAGCUGGGAAACAGGAGCCCACUUUGGCCCUACCGAACACCAUCACUGCUGUAACAUCCCCACCCAUCCAACAGCCGGUCAAGAGUAUCCGUGUUAUGAGGCCAGAGCCCAAGACAGCUGUGGGACCAUGUCACCCUGGUUGGAUGAGUGCUCAGGCCCAGGACACAGCAGAGCCGCUUGCCUAUAUGCCAGAGGAAACUUACUCCCUCGAACCUGCUCAGGAGCAACGCUGCCCACCGCCACCUUACCCCAAAAAUCUGCUCAUUCCUGGGACAGUUGGUGAGCCAGGGGCCCUGGAAGGAGCUGGAGCCAUGUGUGGAACACAGGAGCUCAGCAACUCUGUAACUAGAAGUACACACAGUGGCAGUGGAGGGAGCGGAAAGUCAGAGGAGAGGCAGCAGGUGAAAGACAAGAUGAAGACGGGGAAAGGAGAAAAAACGCUGAAAGACAAGAAACAGAUCCAGACUUCACCUGUUCCUGUGAGGAAGAACGGAAGGGACGAGGAGAAGAGAGAAUCCCGCAUCAAAACCUACUCGCCUUUCGCCUUCAAGUUCUACAUGGAGCAGCACAUAGAGAAUGUAAUGAAAACCUACCAGCAGAAACUCAGUCGCAGGCUUCAGCUGGAACAAGAGAUGUCCAAGGCUGGUCUGUCAGAAGCUGAGCAGGAGCAGAUGAGGAAGAUGCUGAACCAGAAGGAGUCCAACUACAACAGGCUACGGCGUGCCAAAAUGGACAAGUCCAUGUUUGUCAAAAUCAAGACGCUGGGCAUAGGUGCCUUUGGUGAAGUGUGUCUAACACGUAAGGUGGACACUGGUGCACUUUAUGCCAUGAAAACACUGCGUAAGAAAGAUGUCCUCAACCGCAACCAGGUGGCUCACGUGAAAGCGGAGCGUGACAUCCUGGCAGAGGCAGACAACGAGUGGGUAGUCCGUCUGUACUACUCCUUUCAGGAUCGCGACAGCCUCUACUUUGUCAUGGACUACAUUCCCGGGGGAGACAUGAUGAGCCUGCUCAUUCGAAUGGGUGUGUUCCCAGAACUUUUGGCACGCUUCUACGUGGCAGAGCUGACUCUGGCCAUUGAGAGUGUCCACAAGAUGGGCUUCAUCCACCGUGACAUCAAGCCUGACAACAUCCUCAUUGAUCUGGACGGACACAUCAAACUGACAGAUUUUGGUCUGUGCACAGGCUUCCGCUGGACACACAACUCCAAGUACUACCAGAAAGGAAGCCAUGUCAGACAGGACAGUAUGGAGCCCAGUGACCUCUGGGAUGAUGUAUCCAACUGUCGUUGUGGCGAUCGGCUGAUGACACUGGAGCAACGCGCCAACCUGCAGCACCAGCGUUGCUUGGCUCACUCCCUGGUGGGAACCCCAAACUACAUUGCACCUGAGGUGCUGCUGCGAAAAGGUUACACCCAGCUGUGUGACUGGUGGAGCGUGGGAGUGAUCCUGUUUGAGAUGCUGGUGGGACAGCCACCCUUCCUGGCCCCCACACCCACAGAGACUCAGAUUAAGGUCAUUAACUGGGAGAGCACACUGCAGGUUCCCGCUCAGGUCAAACUGAGCCCCGAGGCUGUCGAUAUCAUUGGUCGUCUCUGCUGCUCCGCAGAUGAUCGGCUGGGGGCCAACGGUGCUGGAGAGAUCAAGGCUCACCCAUUCUUUGCCCAGGUGGACUUCUCCAGUAACCUGAGACAGCAGCCGGCCCCCUACCGGCCCAAGAUCGCCCACCCCAUGGACACGUCCAACUUUGACCCUGUGGAGGAGGACGGCUGCCCCGGUGCGUGUAGUGACAGCGGGGACAGCACCCGGGCCUUGGACGCGCUCUGCUUCCCGCACGGGAAGCACCCGGAGCAUGCCUUCUACGAGUUCACCUUCCGCAGAUUCUUCGAUCCGCCUCCCGCAGAUUCUGAUGACAAGCGCUGCCCCUUCCGCUACCCUAAACCGAUAGAGGCCUGCGAGAUGCCACCAAGCAUCACUGGAGCCACCAGCAUGGGGCCCGAGGAGGAGGAGGAAGAGGAAGAUGAAGAAGAGGAGGGAGAGCAGGGGGAGGGAUGUGAGCCAGUGUAUGUCUAGAGCUGCAGACUGAGUAGUGUGUGCCUGUUACUGCUCAUCAUAUGUAUAUUUGUCUGUGUGUGUUUAUGCAUAUCUGCUAUGUGUGAUUGCUGAGUUGCAGGAGCAGGACAGACAAACAUCGCCACCUUGUGGAUUCAAACCUGCAUCCACAGUGACUUUAAAUACAAAACUCCCCGAUGGGACCAAGAGAGACAACAUUCUGUAUGUGACCGACUGCAUCGUGAGUGAAGCUGUUAUGAGACAGUACAAAGGAGAAUGUGAGGAUGUCUGGAUUUAACGGUUUUAAUCCAACGGUUGCUUCUGGUUCUUCCACUGGUUUCUUGUCCCCAUUCCUUCCACCCUCGGUCUUACGGACGACUGAAACAUCUUCUGACACAGGGGCUACUAGUUCCUGCUCUACCUGAGCUGCUUUAUACUAAUAUUGGACAUGUCAAUGUGAAGAGUAGAACCAGGUUACUUGUGGAUCGUGGGGGCUGGGACUGAAUAAGCAAUAUGCCUCUUUCACAGCUGCUGCAAAAUAAGCUACAGAGACACGUGCAUGCAUGAGCACAGGGUCAUGCACACUUAUUCAGUAAGAAACGGUGACAAGGAUGUUGUUGGUCUCUGCAGGUGGAUUUCAGUGUCCAUCAAGACGUUUCAAAUUGGAGGAACAAACACUCACUCUUCUGGCAGCGUUCAGUGUAUACAUUUCUGUAAUUAACCAAACAAGAUACAGUAUGUUUGGUUAUUUCAUUAUUUUUAUAUCCACAGCUGCCUCUUUUUGUGCCAACUUUAGUUCUGUGUAGUAGAUGCCGGUCCUUCUUUUUUCAGAGGUUGCUGUUACAAAUAUCCUUGUUUUUAUUAGAAAACACUUCCUGUUACUAAUCAUCUGUUCUGACUGACCAAUUCAAAUCUCACCUUAAAAGAAAAUUCUUAAUCUACACAGGUGCAAUUAACAUUUGUAGAAUUUAGUGUGAGCUCUAAAAAUCAUUUCCUGUUCUGUUUUAGCCGGUGCUUAACCACAGUAGUAUUUAUUGAGCUCAGGCUUUACUAAAACCAGAAAUGUCACUGGAAGCCUCACAUGCAGAAAUGAAACCUCGCCGCAUGUUCACUUGGUAACACUUGGCAUUGGGGGUCAGAGUUCUUACCUGGUAACACAACACAUAGAUUCACUUUGUUUUAGGCAAAGAACUGGUGAUUCAAGAAGAUUAAGCAGAACUGGAGCAGGCUCUGGACCGGCCUGAACCUGUUGGAUCAGGUGGGGCUGAGUGGUUUUCAGACACACACAUGCACACACGUUAACAAAGAUGCACAGUUUUACCACUGUUUUGCAAAGUCAGGCUCACUGUUGCAUUUCAUGACAACACAAAGCAACAUGUCCUUACAACACCCAAAUUUGUGAUAUUUUGACUAUGUGCAAUAAAAAAACAUUAUAGAUAGUUUUCUAAACACAACCUUUUGAAUGUUUAGUACUGAAAUGUACAAAUGUAUUGUUUUAUAUAUAUAUAUUUUCUGUUCAGUUUCAACAUGCUGCUUAUUUUGUUUAAUAUUAUUUACAUAAUAUUAUUAUUACUAUUACAUGUGUACCUGUUUUCUUUUGUUGUGGCUUAAAGAAGCGUUAUCUUCAUUGCCGAAUGUGCUUGGGUUUUGAAAGUAAUGUGCUUUUCUAAGUGAAUGUCGGAGUGUGUGUCUGCAUUUGCCACGAGGGCGACAACAGUGAUGGCGAUGAUGAAAAUGAUGAGUGUCUGCAGCUAAUCGUUGGUAGACUCUUCACCUCCUGUAGCCAGGCUGGUCCUGACUGCAGGAGAGGAGGGAGUGAAGGUCUCUGGUUUAGAAAGAGAUGGGACAAAGUAGGUUAGAAUUGGAGGAGGAGGAGGAGGAGGAGGAGGAGGAGUGGGGCAGGUUGGCUUGAGGAAAUGGAGUUGCUAUAAAAAACACUUUCUCUAUUUUACAAAACCACAGACAAUAAACCUUAUAAUUAGUGUUUGGUACAUUUUUUUAAAUUUAUCCAAAAUGACCAUGUUUGAGUGUUGUUAAAGUCUGUACUUCUGUGAUAGAUCUGUGUCUUGUUCUCUGUUGGAGCUCUGUCAUCAUUAUAUUCUUGCUUACUGACAAUCAUAAAAAGGCGCUAGUGCUCUUUGUGUCGAACUGAGCUGUUUGGUUAAUUAAUCCCAAACUGUUCCAAUAGUAUUGUCAAUUUGACUUAAUGACUGGGAACGCUAAAGGAGCAAGAGCAAGUGAUUCUUUGUUGCAUGACUGGUCGAAUGGUGGGAAGAAGAUCUUACUGACGAUUUAGUUUUAUCAUUAUUUUUCUUGACAGUGUAUUGAAAGUUUGUUUUAUAAAUGUGCCUUAUGUUCUAAAGUGAGCAGCACAAUCUGUUUUUUCUCUUUUUCUAGAAGUUUUUUGCCUGUUAUUCCCCCUGAUAUGGGGAAACUGACAGGCACUGGCUUUGUUUACAUGCGUCAACAGUCUUGUUUUUGUUCUAGUUUGCGUCUCACGAUGCUUUGGACAAGAUAAAGCAAAGUUUGAAGGAAAGUGGGAAGAACAAUAAAUUACAGCUCCUGGUGACAUGAUUUGAAGGUGGCUGUUUGCCUUAAAAUCACACAUAGAUACAGUUUAUGUGGCUUUUUCUGCAAUUUGGUGUAUUUCUGGUUGCAACAUGUUGUGUUAGGAAAGAAAAACAGGGUGUCCACCACUGUACAAUGUUGCAGCUCGGGUAAUGUUAAAAUUUAUAAAGAUUCUGGUCUUAUUUUGUUGGACUGGAUUGUUCAAAGUUUAGAUUUCAUACCACAGAUUGAUAGUGUUACUUAGAUGCACAAAAAAAACUGUUUUUUUCUGUUUCUCAUGAAUGUGUUUAAUGGUGGGUUAAACUGGAAUGGAACCAGUAUCUUGCUUGCGGUAUCAGUGUUGAGGAGCACCACUGGCUUCACUAUGGAUGAUUGCUCACGAUCACCACCACUGAGAAUGUUCAAGUAGACAGGUGUUGCUCUUUCACUCCUGACCAGAGGUCCUUCCACUUCUCUAAACCACCAAUCCACAUCGACCAGAAAGGACUGCUCUAUAGCUUUAUAACUGCAGAGUAUGUGAGCUGUUUCCUGGUUGUGUUCUUGUUUUACGUGUCAAGGGUUAGAGAGUGAUGACUGACAAUCUUUAACUGACUUAUCCUGCGAUCUGAUUUCCUAUGCUUGUCUUCAAUGCUCCUUAAUGUAUGAUAAGUUCUGUUACUCUUGAAUUUAUAUUUAUACAGAUUUUUUUUUUGUACCCCCCCCCCCUUUGAAAUCUCUUGUGCUAAUGUUCAAACAUCCAUGUCUACGCAUGACUAUAAAUGAUGUAUUGCAGACACCUCUCUUUUUUACAUUUAUGUAUGAACUGAAAAUUUGUAAAAAUGCCUUCAGUCCUUGUGUGUAAAAUGUAUGUAUAAAUUAAAUUAACCAACUUGCACUCCUGCUUUAUUUCAGUGCAUUUGAUGUGUGCAUAAAAAGUGACACAGACGCUUUGUUACCAUUUAUAAGUGUUAUUUUUAGGCCUGCCAUGGGUUGAGAGUUAGAUAUUGAAUUUUUAAAAAAUCUAGGAUAAGUGGGCCCAUGAGAACAAAAUCAGUUGUAUACCAUUUAAAUGAAAUGCUGUAUACAAAGA